AUGCUUUCCUUUACCCUCCUAAUGUUCCUGGCGACAGCAGCCCAGGCCCACUAUCGCUUCCCGAAACUUAUUCUCAAUGGAGUCGCCGAAGCUCAAGAAUGGACUUCAAUCCGCCAGACCAAGAACUAUCAAACAAACUCUGGUGUAACGUCAGUGAUAAGUGCGGACAUGCGAUGCUUUCAGAGCAAGCCAGGCACUGGAAUUGCGAUUGUUGCCGCUGGUGAUACUUUAGGCUUUGUUGCUGAAACAUCCAUCUCGCACUUUGGCCCUGUCCAGUUCUACAUGGCGAAAGUUCCGGGAAAUUCAGAUAUCAACACAUGGGAGGCAGAGGGUGACCUGUGGUUCAAAGCUGCGAGUAUCAGUACAGUGGGGAGCCCAUUGACUAGCAGUGGGAGCACAUGGCCCGCCUACCAGAAGAAACGGGUUGAGUUUGUUAUCCCCAAGGCUACGCCAAGCGGUAAAUACCUUGUUCGUGUGGAGUCUAUUGCAUUGCAUCAAGCAUCGUCGGUUGGUGGUGCACAAAUGUAUCUCUCUUGCGCUCAAGUUCAGGUCACAGAGGGUGGGGAUGGAUCGCCAAAACCAUUGGUAGCCUUUCCAGGGGCGUAUAAUGCGAAUGGUUCAGUGUUGAGAUGGUCGUACUAUCCGAUCCCGACCACUUACACAGCUCCUGGGCCGCCAGUAUGGGAUGGGAAAUAA